AUGCUGAUUUACAUCUUGCUGUUGGCUAUUGCUGACAUGAUGGUUUUAGUUGCCUCAGAUUCAUAUAGAGGAGCUCGAGACUUUCCGCGUGCCAUCGCAUCUGUUUGGGUUGAUGUGGGUCUGCCUGGUGCAGGGCAGAGUAAAGCCACAGCAACGGAUCCAGCAACUGUCCAGUCAUCAUUUGGCGUAGCCUCUACUGGUCGUCCUUCAGGCACUGCAGUACCCGUGGUCAGCAGUGUGACGGCGUCAGGUAUCCCUUCGGGCGUCUUCUAUACCGGGUUCUCUGGGUGGAUCAACAGUGUCACACCCACUCCCUCUCCACCCUCUAAUGCGACCCACGUGACUUAUUCCGGCAGUCUAACACCUACUAGUCGUGUCUUCUAUGACGGCAAUGGGAGUAGAGAUCCUGGCUUGUCUGCAUUGAAAGCACCCCCAGGAAACAACCACAGCACAUGUCUCCAUUUACUGUCGCUCUGGGUCCUCCUUGUCACUUUCACAUGA